AUGACGGGGCUUCCUUGGCUGGACUAUCCAGUCAUGCUUCACUCAUCACGAACAGACACCUGCAAAUUGGCGCCAGCUCAGUGUGAGUAUCGACAAGGUUACUGGAGGUACUGGUAUCAAGCAGAUCAUGUAUACGGAUACGCCACCGUUUAUUUCAUGUGUGCGAUCAUUGGCGUGUUCACAAUUGGAAACAUUAUAUCAACCAUAUCGAGGAGAUCAAAGUCAAGAGCGAGUGGGAAUCUCACAUGGCGGAGAGGAUUAGCGACUGGUCGAUUCCUUUCAUACAGAUCAUUUUAUAUCCAAGGCUUGAGAUGGUAUUCGCCUUCCGCUGGCGUGAUGUUGUUGGGUGUUUGCGGGGCUAUAUACUUCUUUGCUCUGACACUUGGCCCAAAACCAUACUACUGGCCGAAUACGAAGAAACUGUCUUAUGGAGGUUCCCCGCCUCUGGCAACCAGGUCAGGAUGGAUGGCUGUAGCUCUACUUCCAUUUGUGAUGGUCUUGUCCUCGAAGCUCAACUAUGUCACGUAUAUGACUGGCAUAUCUCAUGAGAAACUUAUGGUCUUCCACCGCUGGACUAGUUGGGCAAUGUUUGUGUUAGCUUUGGUUCAUACGUUCCCGUUCAUUGUGGUUCACAUCCGAAAAGGAGAUAUGAUGACACAGUGGAAGACGAGCGUGGUUUAUUGGACUGGUGUCGCUGCCCUCAUCCCUCAAGCGUACAUGAACAUCAUGUCCAUCGGUGUCAUACGUACUCGAUUCUAUGAAUUUUUCAAGGCUACCCACUUCCUUGCGGCAGGAUUCUUCAUCGUCUUCUUCUUCAUUCAUUGCGACUUUCGCCUCACAUCUUGGGAUUACUUCAUUGCUGCACUCGCGCUCUAUGGGGUAACCUACAUCUUCUCAUUUUUUCGCACCGCACUUCAAAGUCUCAAGGCCGAGGCGAAAUUCAUCCUCCUCCCGGACUCAACAAUUCAGAUUUCGGUCCCUACGGAAAUGUCCUGGAAACCAGGCCAACAUGUAUUCCUCCGAUUUUGGGCCCUCCCCGGUUUACAUUCAUACAGCAUGCAUCCGUUCACAAUCUGCUCUUUGCCGUCAUCCGGAGAAAUGGUCUUCUUCAUCCGACCACACAGAGGCUUUACUGGGCGCCUGAAGAAGCUUGUCGAGACUCGAUACGGAACCAUGGCCAUGAGUAUCGACGGCCCGUAUGGAAAUAGCGACACAGCCAGCAAACUCGCUUCUUCUGACACGGUGAUCCUCAUCGCUGGAGGGUCGGGCACUGGGUACUUAUUACCAUUGCUUCAAAGCAUCUUGCAAGAGAACAUCAGCACGGCAGAAGUUCACGUCACGAUAGCAGUUAGACACUCAGAUUCAGCGCACUGGAUCGUCGGGGAGCUCGAGCGAGUCCUAGAAUCCCACACCUCAAACCGAAAGGUGAAAAUUGACAUCCAUAUCACCGACGAUGUCUCCUCUCUCCAAACCGAGGAAAAAGAGAUCUCACCUGAUGAUGAUGCGGAGAAGAGCGCGCUUAGACGAGCUGGUCCCGUUGCUACGGGGCAUAAGAGUAUUACCGUGAUAUAUGGGAAGGGCAGACCGGAUUUGAAGGAGCUACUUAGGAGGAAUACUAUGGAUGCACUAGAAGGGACGAGCGUAUCGGUCACAAGUUGUGGACCUGCGAGCAUGGGUCUUGAUGUUAGGAAUGCGUGUGCAGAGGCUCAAGGCAGAAUUUUCCAAGGAAAAGGAGGAGCAGGGGAGGUAUGGUUUCAUUGUGAAGCUUUUGGGUGGUGAUGUGUGAAGCUUUAUGCCACUGCCAAGAGGCGCGUAUGGAAAUCAUGCACAAAAUCAUUCGGCAUCAGCACAGUUUCUACAUCAGGUCCCUCGGGUUUCUGAUACAGUUUGUAUCUGCACAACGAUCUUCCCCUUGGCCCUCUUGCUCAUGAUGAUGUCGUAGCCCUUAUCGAGACACCGUCAGCAUCAUCCAACAGAAGAGUUCGUCCACAUACCUUGAGCGCAUCCUCCAUCUCCAAUACUUC